CUAAUUUCAGUGCCCUCUCGUGUGUCGUCAAAACAUCGUGAAUCAACACAGCAUCGUUUACAAUUUUAUUUGUUUACUUGUAAUACGUGCAAUGUGAUUGUUUUAUUUAAUUAUUCGUCUAGCUUAACUCUCUAUAACCAAAAAUUACCAAAGAUUUCCUACAAGAGCUAAAGACUUAAUGUGAUUUAUUAAUAGACAUUAGGAUUGUAUCUACUGUGAUUUAGUCGUGUUGUUUUUGUGAUAUUGUGGUAUUUAUUACUUUUGAGUUUUAUUAUAUGCAUCCGUCUGAAUAAUAAGAUGGCUACUUUACCAAGAAUGAACACAUCAAAACAUGGGGCCAGUAGCAUAUCAUCGCCUUUUAGCACCAGCCCACGAAAACUGCAAGAAAUGACGCUGCCUGCUGACGGACAUGACGUGACAACGGCCAGCGGCGUCAGCAUGAAACAGUAUGAAGAACAGCUAAACAAUUUAAGGAAAGAAAAUUUUCAUUUAAAGUUGCGGAUUUAUUUUAUUGAAGAAAAAUUAGGAAGCGGAGCACCGCCCGCUGUCCAAGGAUUGUUGGAACAUAAUGUUCGACUUCAAGUGGAAGUAGAAGAACUAAGAAGACAACUAAGUGACAAACAGGAAUUGCUCGCUGCGGCUGCGGAGGCAAUUGAUGUGUUAGAGAAUCAGGGUUCGAUAUCUACGGAAGCAGCAGAUAUGUCUAAUAACAGCAUGAUAAGAAAAGAUACAAAUGAAGCAUCUAAGGUUACUGACCACCUAACAGAUGCUGUGGAUGAAACAUAUCAGUCUGAAUCCGCCACAGGUGAUUAUUUAGCCGUGACUGUUAACAAUGAAGAUUUGGAUCAAUUGACGCGGUUGAAAAAAGAAAAUCGUAAAGCACUACACAUGAUAAAGGAAUGCAUGAAAAAACUUCAGCAACAGGACAAAGAGAUGAAAAAAUUAAAAUUGGACAAAGAGUUAACUUACGCUCACGUUAGUGAUUCUCAAUUGGAGAAGUAUGAGGAAAUUUUAAAAUGUAAAGAUGAGCAUAUUAAAGAUUUGGAGAACAAAGUUAGAAUACUACAGAAUAAUGUCGAAAGCAUACAGAAUGAUGAUGCUACUGGAAAUCUACAACAGCUCCUGACAAGGCGUUUGCAAGGCUUGGCAUAUUUCUUGGACAAAUUAUUGUCCCAUAAAUGCGUACUUGGCGAAGAUAAAAAGAAGCUGGCUGAGAGUAUUUUAGAGCAAAGUCUAGCACUACCUGUUGGCUUACAAUUGGACGAGUCGAUGGCACCUGAAGAACUUACAAUGGAUGAGAGUAACCUAGAUAUUUCACAGUCUAUGAGAAUAGAAGAUUUAACAUUAAUGUUCGGACAUCAUCUGGCCUGUGGCGAUGAUAACACCCGCUUUUUAUCCAAGAAACCGUUAAGACGCAUUCCUCAGGCAGAUGUUAUAUCUGAGUCUGAAUGUUGGUCAGAGCCAGACAGAAACGUUUCUCUAGCUCGAGUAGGUCUAUGCGAUACGGGCGUCGCCAUACGGGAAUGUAUAUCCGAAGCAAACAGAUGUCGCACGCGUCGUUCGCGACUUUCUUACGGAUCUCGUUCCGAAGACAAUAAACCUAUAAACGAAAGUGUACUGUUGGAACAAAAUGAUAUAUCAGUGCGCAAUCAACUAUUAGAGGAGGAAAAAAAAGAUUUGACUUUAAACUUGGACUACGCUAUGCAACAAAUUAAAGAUUUAGUUAGCGAAAAUGACGAACUGAAAGCUGCUUUGGACACUGAGCGCUCCAAUGCAACUGAUACUAAUAAACAUUUGGAAACUUUACAAACUGCAUUGAGCGCACUGAAAAUAAGGCUCGCUGAUAACGAACAGCAAAUCGCUUAUAAUGUUAAUCUAGUAGAGAAACUACGUACAGAGAAACAAGAAUUGGAGUCUACAUUCAUGGAAACCGAACGCUCACUGAGGAGAGCUGCGGACGAAGCCACAGUUCAAGCUUCUCAAGCGGCUCUCGAAAGAGCGCGUGCGCAGCAUGACAGACUACGGAUCGAAAGAGAACUUGAGGAAACAAGAGAAAAGUUAUCUGUGGCACUGGAAACUAAUUCGCAGUUGGAGAUUGAAGUGACCCGCAGAGCAGGCAUGGAGGAUGAUGACAAAAUUGUCGAGCUUCGUGAAGGCCUACCAUCCGAAGAGGAUCGAUCUACAUCUCCGGACCAGGGAAUAGACAGUGACCGGCUCUCGAGUCUAGAACAUAAUGACGCUGUAAACUUGUCGCCUCGUUCCUUGUAUGAGGAAAAUAAAAUACUGAAACAAAAGUUAGCCAGAACAAAAGCCACUUUAGCUGAGACCCUUAUACAGCUGAACGCUUCGAAUAUGAGAAAGAUGGGUGUACAAAGAGCUAUUUGUAGAGAAAUCCACAAAACCCACGGAGUUCUGCGUCAAGUUCGUGAUCAUGUUGAACUUCAACAGUAAUUGUCAAUAUGAUUGUAUUAUGUGUCAGGUGUUAUCCACAUUUAUUCCCGGAACAUAGACAAUAAUAAUUAUGUUCAGUUAUUUAGACAGUUUUAAUAUUUUGCGCUAUUUUACUUAAAAUG